AUGCCUUCUGCCAAACAAAUUCUCGUCAUCUUUGGGGUAACUGGACAGCAGGGAGGCUCUGUUGCCACAGCCAUCUGCAAACACCCCGUUCUUUCACAACGAUACACUGUUAGAGGUGUUACCCGAGAUCCCACCAGUCUUCCUGCCAGAGAACUGGUUGAUCGCUUUGGCUGUGAAGUCGUCAAAGCUGACCUUGACGAUAAAUCUUCUAUCGAAUCAGCAGUCGCUGGUGCGACCGGAAUCUUCUUGGUUACAUCAAGCAUUUAUGAUGACAGACUAUACGACCGGGAGGUCAGUCAAGGCAAAGCGGUUGCCGAUGCAGCUGUGGAUGCAAAUGUCCAGUUUAUCAUCUUUAGCACACUCCCUUCAGUGCGAGAGAUCUCCAAUGGCAAAUAUCUCCACGUAACCCAUUUCGACGCCAAAUACGAUAUCGAGCAGUAUAUCAGAAGCUUGCACUCUCUGAACAGUUCUUUUGUCUCUCUCGGCAGUUUUAUGCAAAAUUUGCAAAAUGGAUUGAAACCUCAGCCACUUGGCGACGGCACAUUUGCUAUAAAUGCAUCUAUGUCGGCAGACACUAGGCUACCACUAGUUGAUGCGACUGAUGUUUACAAAUUUGUCCUUGCCAUACUUGAAAGUCCGGAGGAAUUUAGGGGCAAGGUAGUUCAUGUCGCCGAGCGUCUGUACAGGCUGGAUGAAAUAGCAACUAUCAUCACUGAUAUAACAGGCAAGGUGGUGAAGUACAAUCAACUUCCACCCGAUGUCGUGCGCUCAUUCCUGGAUCCGGCGAUGGCAGAUGACGUUGUCGAAAUGGCUGCGUUUUUCGAGGAGUUUGGGUAUUUUGGGCCAGACAUGGAGGCUCUGGUUCAAAACGAACCCAAUGUUGGAGUUGAUGGCAUGACAACCCUGACUCAGUUCUGUCGUCAAAUGAACCUAGGGUAG